CAGGAGAUAAUUCCCCUGAAUUUAAAAGCAGCCGUCCGGCCGACGAUUACGGGAGCCUGGCUGGGCCCCACCGAACUUUCUAGGCUCUAUACAAAAUCUGCGCUGUGCCAGAAUUCCAUUUCCCAUGUCUGAUCUGCCCGCCGGCGAAUUUUCUCACUCUACAAAUUCAGCUAUUUUUCUCUCUCUACGGACUUCCAUGGCGUCGGCGCGUGAGGGUCACUACAGGGGCGUCAGGAAGCGGCCGUGGGGGCGCUACGCCGCCGAGAUACGCGACCCGUGGAAGAAAACGCGGGUCUGGUUGGGGACGUUCGACACGCCGGAGGAAGCCGCGCUGGCAUACGACGGCGCCGCCAGGACGCUUCGUGGAGCUAAGGCUAAGACUAAUUUUCCGGCGGCGGCGCCGCCGUCGUUCGAUCUCAACCUGCCGUCUGACCGCCGGUGGACCGCGGCGGCUCCUGGGUCGCGGCUGAUCGGCGAGUUCCUCCGCGCAGGGGUGCUUGAGAGUGUUGACUCCGGUGGGAAUCGAGGACUUGCGCCGGCGCCGGCGGGCGGUGGAGGGGCGAGUGACGGCGAUGCGCCGCCGAAAUAUUUUGGAAUUAUAAGACGAGGAUUGGGUAUAGACUUAAAUGAACCGCCGCCGCCGAUAUCUAUGUAGGCCGCCGUCACUUUUAAAUUUCCGAUUGUUAAAAUAUUCUAAUGAUGACGUUGGAAUUUAAUUAAGUAGUUUAAUAUUUGUGAAUAAUUGCUUCUUUUUCUUUUUCUUUUUUCUGGAUGUUUCUCAUACAAAUUUGGAAAACUAUUGGGAUUGUUUCAUUUGCAUUUCAAACUAAUCUGUUUAUUGUCCAACUUAUAUAAUUUUU